GUGUUCAGACCUUGGCUCCAGCUGCUGCCGCUUGUUGCAGACAGAAACUCCAAAACCACUAAAACCCUUGUAAAGCUCAACCCACUUCUACUCUCCAGCAUUGGCUCUCUCCGCCUCUCCACGGUCUAUACAGUUCGGCCUUUGGUUUCUCUUCUGGAUGAUUAAGAUCACUGUUUUCCUCAGAGAUUUAAUCUAUUGAAAAUGGCGGUAACUGCAGCAGCCUCCAGCCUGCAAUUAGCAACAACGUCGACGAGGCCCUACUUUUCAUCUUCUUGCAGAGUUGUCAAGUUGGGUGCCAGUGUUAUUGUUGCUAACAGUGUUUCUUGGACUAAGCUUGCCAGUGUUUCUCGUAUGUCCUCCAUAUCACCUUUCAGACAGCAUAAUUUCAUGUCAUGUUCAGUUAAAUUCAAUAGGAUUUCCACAAAAGCAAUGUCUGAUUCCAGUGAAAGUAAGAGAGUGUCUGGACUGCCAAUUGAUUUGAAAGGUAAGCGGGCUUUUAUUGCUGGUGUGGCUGAUGAUAAUGGGUAUGGUUGGGCAAUAGCAAAAUCUCUUGCUGCUGCAGGUGCUGAAAUACUGGUGGGAACAUGGGUGCCUGCUUUGAAUAUUUUUGAAACCAGCUUGCGACGAGGAAAGUUUGAUGAAUCACGAGUGUUGCCAGAUGGUUCUUUGAUGGAGAUCACCAAAAUAUAUCCCCUUGAUGCAGUGUAUGACAACCCUGAGGAUGUGCCUGAAGAUGUGAAAAUGAAUAAGCGUUAUGCAGGAUCAUCUAAUUGGACUGUUCAGGAAGUUGCUGAAUCUGUCAAACAGGAUUUUGGCAGUAUUGACAUCCUUGUACAUUCACUUGCUAAUGGACCAGAGGUCAGUAAACCUCUAUUAGAGACAUCAAGGAAAGGGUAUCUUGCAGCUGUAUCUGCAUCAAGCUACUCAUAUGUUUCUUUGCUCAAGCAUUUCCUACCAAUAAUGAAUCCAGGUGGUUCUUCAAUUUCUCUUACAUAUAUUGCUUCUGAGAGGAUCAUUCCUGGAUAUGGAGGAGGUAUGAGUUCUGCAAAAGCUGCACUCGAGAGUGAUACAAGAGUGCUUGCUUUUGAGGCAGGAAGGAAACACAAGAUUAGAGUCAACACUAUAUCUGCUGGUCCGCUAAGAAGUCGUGCUGCAAAAGCAAUUGGAUUUAUUGAUACAAUGAUCGAGUACUCAUUAGCCAAUGCUCCGCUGCAAAAGGAACUAUCUGCAGAUGAGGUGGGGAACACUGCUGCCUUCUUAGCUUCACCUCUGGCUUCUGCCAUCACUGGUGCUCUUAUAUAUGUUGACAAUGGCCUCAAUGCAAUGGGCAUGGGCCUUGACAGUCCAAUAUUGAAAGACCUCGAUAUCCCAAGAGACAAGCACUAGAUAUGACUGCAGGUGGGUACAUACUUCAUAGCGAGUGAGGUUGAGCUUUAGUUAAUGCUGCCAUUUUCUUUCUCUUGUUCCUUUAUUCCUUCAUUGGGAUUUUCCUAAGAGGGCAUAGCCAUCGGGCACCAAUUUUCUUUCAUGAGGUCUUUCUUAAUUAGAGACCAUUGAACAUGCUAAUUGAUUUGAAUUAAAUUUAUUUUAAGUGUACGAACAUACCUUUAUGAUAAUGGUUGUAAGCUUAAUCUUUGCUGCC